AUGAAUACUGAAGAUGACAAGCAGACUGUUCUAAGCACGUUACCCAAGGACCUACCUCUAGACUUCUUGAAGACCAUCACAGAUCAGUUCUCAGACAACCGGGUUAUCGGUAAAGGUGCAUUUGGAACAGUUUAUACGGGAACUAUGCCUGAUGGGCAAACGAUUGCUGUGAAGAAGCUUGCGGAAAAUGCGCCGAUUGCACGCGAUAGAAUAUUUAAUAACGAAGUUCAAAACAUCAUGGCUUACCGACAUGAAAAUAUAGUCAAGUUGGUUGGGUUUUGCCAUGAAGGACAGAAGAAAGUAGUACUGAACAAUGGGCGAUAUAUUGUCGCAGAUGUUUACGAAGGUCUACUUUGUUACGAAUAUUUACCUAAGGGAAGCCUUCAGAGGAACCUCUUUGAUAAACCCAUCGAUAUGGCAUGGGACGUCUGCUUCAAGAUAAUUAAGGGGAUAUGCGAUGGUUUACAUUUUCUUCAUAGCAUUCCUCUUAUCCAUAUGGAUUUGAAGCCUCAAAAUAUAUUGUUGGAUGAUAACAUGACGCCGAAAAUAUCGGAUUUCGGACUUUCCAGGCUAUUUGGCAAAGAACAAACACGUGCGAAUACACAGAAUGUUGUGGGAUCAUACGGAUACAUAGCUCCAGAAUACCUAUACAGAGGUGAAAUCUCCACUCAGUCAGACAUUUACAGUUUAGGCUUAUUAAUCAUCGAGACUACCACUGGCGAGAAGAAUACCCCCAAACAGAACGAACCAUCAGCAAGGGAAUUUAUUGAAAGAGAAGUAACAGUAUGCAUUGAAAUUGGUCUAGAGUGUGUGGACGUUGAUUGGAAGAAGAGACCUUCCAUCGAAAGCAUUGUUGAGAGGCUCGGUAGAUGCUGUGCAAACCUGUUGGUAGUUGGAGACUUUGCUCUUUCUCUUGAACUUGUGGGAAUGUAUGUGCACCACAUUGGUAACAACAUGUCCCUCUACUCCUUAGGUCGUGUAUCAUUUGCCCUUACCUUCUCUUCAACAUCCAAAGAUCCAAUGAGGCUCUCAGUAGAGAAGUGGAAAAGAUCCUUCAAGGAGGAAGCUUAG